CAUUAGAUAUCAUGCAGAAAUUCGAUCACCCCCACAUCAUAAAGCUGAUAGGAGUGUGUUCCGACUCGCCCGUAUGGAUCAUCAUGGAGCUAGCCAAGCUGGGCGAACUAAGGGCGUAUCUGCAAAAUAAUAAGCACAUCUUGGACCUCGCCACAUUGUUGCUGUACGCAUUCCAGCUGUCUACCGCUUUGAGCUACUUAGAAUCUAAGAAGUAUGUACAUAGGGAUAUCGCCGCUAGGAACGUUCUGGUUAGUUCCGAUAGAUGCGUCAAACUCGCUGAUUUCGGUCUGUCACGGUAGAUGGGCGAGGACCAGAGUUACUACAAGGCCUCUAAGGGUAAACUGCCCAUCAAAUGGAUGAGCCCGGAGAGUAUCAACUUUAGGCGGUUCACGACCGCCAGCGAUGUGUGGAUGUUCAGUGUGUGCAUGUGGGAAAUCUUAAUGUUAGGCGUAAAACCAUUCCAAGGCGUGAAGAACAACGACGUGAUCGGAAAGAUCGAGAACGGGGAGCGACUGGCGUUGCCGCCAGAUUGCCCGCCCCGCCUCUACUCGCUGAUGUCGCAGUGUUGGGCGUACGAGCCGAGCAAACGGCCAAGUUUCAAGGACAUCAAGGAGAUUUUGCAGGAGAUCCUGGUGGAGGAGAAGCGGGCGCAGCAAGAGUGCUCGCGGCGGGAGACGAGGAGGGCGGCGGCGAUGUCGUGGGGACCCGCAGAUGAGUGUUGCCCCCCGCCGAAGCCUAGCAGGCAUCCCAUGCAAGCGCUCGACGCGUCGUUGCUGUCGUCUUCGCUGGACGCUGCGUCGGACCCGGUGCCGCAGACGUACAUCAUCGCGCAGAAUCCCGAGGUGCUCGCGCAUCUGAUGCGCGAGAACGAAAACAGGGGCGUGACGCCGGCCAUGUACACCGUUCCCGCAUCGGUAUUUAACACGGUAGCGGUAGAUUUCGAGCGCAAAGAUCGCGUCCCGGAACCCGUCCUCAAAACCUGCCCGAUCCCGAUCCAAAACCUCCAGAAGUUAGAUCCCGAGGUGCCACCCACUGAAACAAAAAAAAAUACCGUGGAGAGGACACCGUCCAGGGCGAGUACCGGUCCUUCGACGCCCCUGAUGGGAUCUUUGGAACGGAAACAACCGUCCUCUAAAUAUAACUCGCUCGAGAAGAACGGUCGCGUGGUCUAUGGAUCGCGAGGUAGCCUGGAUAAGACUGGGCCACCCUUGCCGUUUAGUGCCGGGUCGUUGGAGAGGAGGUCAAAAAAUUCUCCGCCGCCGCUGCUUGGUGGCGACCCAAUCGAAUGUCAUUUCGAUUUCAUCCCGGUUUACCAUCCCGACCCUGUCAUGUACGAGUAUGGCGAGACCGAGGGGGCGAGGCCUCAGUACGUCGAGGAGUGCAUUUAUGAUUUCGGUGGCGACGACGUCAAGAGCUGCGCGCGCAAGCGGCAGUUUUUCGUACAGCCACCAACCUCCCACCAGCAACAGCCGGCUUCCCUCUACGGCGAUCAGCUGCUCGAAAAUCUCCAGUACCAACCGUCGAGCCACUUCAGUCACCAGGUGCUCGAGCAGAGGCUACGGCAGCAACAGCUUGAAUCCGAAGAAGACUCUAGGUGGCUCGCCGAAUCGAAAACGAAUUUGAAAAAAUUGACCGUUGUUGGCCCUCUCAACGAAACGAUCUCGUGCCUAGAAAACACUCAUCAGUCAUCCCUUCCCGCGAGCCCGUCGAAUUGCUCCGAGCACCAGCGGUCCGGGGACGGCGUGGUGGGCGUUGCCGCGGGCAACAGAGCGGCACCGCCUCGCUCUCGAGCAGCAAAAGCCAUUCGCCUGUGGGCUCGUUGA